CCCCAGCGCUGCGCCCGGCCUCGCCAAAGGCAGGCAGAGCGGGAGCGCCCGGUGCCCGCUCCAGUGCCAGCCCCUGGGGCUGCCACCCGGGCCUCCGUGGCCCGCAGAGCGGUUCCUCCAGCAGGAGAGCCGCCCCUUGCCCCUGUCCUAACCCGAUCCCCUCGGACUGGACCCCCUGGAUCCCCGGACAGUGCUCCUGGAGGUUUGGUGCCCAGAGCCCGGACUGCGCGCCCUGCGCCUUGCGCCUUGGGGUCGGGGCGCGCUGGGGUUUCUUCUGCAUUUCGCUCUCGGAAGUCCUCGCAAAGGGGAGCAGGGGGACUGGUGGCUUUUAUAUUUUUACCUUUUUUUUUUUACUUCUUUUACCUAAAGGGGAGGUAGGUGGCUCUUCCCUCCUAGUCUGGGGGUGCGGUCCAGAAGGUGCCCAGGAGCUGGAACGUGCCCGUUGUUGCCCAGUCUUUUGUCUGCCGCCUCCGGAUGCUCAGCGAUGGGGGAAUGGACCAUCUUGGAGAGGCUGCUGGAAGCCGCGGUGCAGCAGCACUCCACUAUGAUUGGAAGGAUCCUGUUGACUGUGGUGGUGAUCUUCCGGAUCCUCAUCGUGGCCAUUGUGGGGGAGACGGUGUAUGACGAUGAGCAGACAAUGUUCGUCUGCAACACCCUGCAGCCUGGCUGCAACCAGGCCUGCUAUGACCGCGCCUUCCCCAUCUCCCACAUACGCUACUGGGUCUUCCAGAUUAUCAUGGUGUGCACCCCCAGCCUCUGUUUCAUCACCUACUCUGUGCACCAGUCCGCCAAGCAGAGAGAACGCCGCUACUCGACGGUCUUCUUAGCCCUGGACAGAGAGCCCCCUGAGUCUAUGGGGGGUCCCGGAGGAACUGGGGGUGGGAGCGGCGGAGGCAAACGAGAAGAUAAGAAGUUGCAGAAUGCCAUCGUCAAUGGGGUCCUGCAGAACACAGAGACCACCAGCAAGGAGACGGAGCCAGAUUGCUUGGAGGUGAAAGAGCUGACCCCGCAUCCAUCGGGGCUACGCACUGCGGCCCGCUCCAAACUCCGCAGGCAAGAAGGCAUCUCUCGCUUCUACAUUAUCCAGGUGGUUUUCCGGAACGCCCUGGAGAUUGGCUUUCUGGUGGGCCAAUACUUCCUCUAUGGCUUCAGUGUCCCCGGCUUGUAUGAAUGCGACCGUUACCCCUGCAUCAAGGAAGUGGAGUGCUAUGUGUCCCGGCCUACUGAGAAGACGGUCUUUCUAGUGUUCAUGUUUGCUGUGAGUGGCAUCUGCGUGGUCCUCAACCUGGCUGAACUCAACCACCUGGGAUGGCGCAAGAUCAAGUUGGCUGUGCGAGGCGCCCAGGCCAAGCGAAAAUCCGUCUAUGAGAUCCGCAACAAAGACUUGCCCAGGGUCAGUGUUCCCAAUUUUGGCAGGACUCAAUCCAGCGAUUCGGCCUACGUGUGAACGAGCAGGCUUCACUUCAAGAAGGCCUGAAGAAUAACAAGGCAGAUGACGUCCUCAAGAAUGGCGGUCUCUGCCCUCACGUAGGCGACACUCACCAUGGAGAUGGAGGAUAUGGUUGGAUAAGGAAAGAUCUUGCCUCCAUGGAAGAGGAGAGAGGGGAGAACCACUGGCAUGUCACAUUCCACAGAGAAAGCCGGGUAAUAUCAGGAGAUGGAUGAGCUGUACUUCUUUGAACCCUUUCCUCCUAUGGCCUAGUCUGUUCCCGACAACAACGGACUAGGCACAGCUAACAAAUGGAACUUCACCGCUUAGCUUUAUAUCCGGUGAAAGACGAGACUCAAAUAUUUCAUUGGUACAACAUGUGUGACCGAACUCAGUUCAUUCCUCCAUCCUGUGCUGCAGGAAAUCAUUCUCGAGGCAUCCUUCUUGUACUUCUCCCAUCAGCAUGGCCCUCUCCUCAACCCAGGAUAGCAUGCCAGCCUUUUCUUUUUUCUUUUCAGAAUCUGGCCUUACUGAAUACCUAAUACGGUUUAUCUGCAGGCUAGCGGGAAUCACAAGGGGGGUCCUUUUGGAAAAAUGGCCGUGCGGAGGGAGGUUUGCGUUAACACCCCACCUGACUUUCCCUUAGUCCGUGUGAAAACCUUAGGAAUGUCUCAGUAUCUUCAAUUUUCUAACUCCAAUUGCACUGGUGCUCUUUAUCAGGGGCAGGGAUAGGGUGGGAGGGAGGGAACUGCAAUAUGCAACUAGAACACUUCUGUGAGAUGAUUCGUUGCACUGUUAGGCAUGUGGUUAUAAGCUUUGGGAUAUUUCUGCCUUCCAGCUUGUGGACUUUGUAAAGCAUAAAAAUAUUUUUGGUUCAUAUCCAAGCCACAGAAUUUCUAACAGAUAUAUUUCCCUCAUUUUCUUACAUCCUUUGGUUUUUGUGCAACUCAGCUGCACUUCAUUUUGCCAUGGAUUGAAUUUAACUGUGUGCUCACACCAGAAACCUUAAUUGGCCCAUGUCAAUCCUGAUUUAUGAUUUUUAUCAGUUAUUUUUGGGACACAAGCACUAGUUAAGAAACCUGGAACUAAACACUGUUGAUUAACAGGCGUUUACGGAUGCUUGCUUAUUUGAGACAUAUACCAAAGGUCAAAAGCUUAUUGUUUUGAACUGAGAAUAUGUUUUUUCUUCUCCUUGCUCUUGUUUCUUUAAGUGCCAUAAUUGAAAUUUUCAUGUCCACUGUGUAUUUAGUUCAAGCAUUGGCCAAUAGAAUAUUUGGAUAAUGUGCUUUUAUGGAGUUCUCUGUUUCCUUUGCAUUAUCUUUAUGACUUUUGAUUUAGAUAUGGACAUGGUGUAACACACAAUUGAGGACUUGUUUAAAAUAAAGUUCUUUCCUUUUUUGUAAAA